CUCCUUUUUUCCCCUACAUAGGUAUAUGCAUCUUGAUACCUAAUGUGACCGUGUGGAUUUCUCAUUCCUUAGCAACCAGAUAGCAAGUGAGAAACAUGAGGACAAAUCCUGCUAUUCAGGCUGCUAUUGACCUUACAGCUGGAGCUGCAGGUGGGACAGCAUGUGUGGUGACAGGCCAGCCCUUUGACACAGCUAAGGUUAAGAUGCAGACAUUUCCCGGCAUGUAUAAAGGACUCAUCGACUGUUUUGUGAAGACCUAUAAACAAGUGGGAUUUCGAGGCUUCUAUAAGGGAACCACGCCAGCACUUGUAGCCAAUAUAGCAGAAAACUCUGUUCUAUUCAUGUGCUAUGGCUUUUGCCAACAAAUUGUGAGGUUUCUUGCUGGACUAGACAGGAAAACAGAGCUGAGUGAUCUUCAGAAUGCAGCUGCUGGCUCUUUUGCUUCUGCAUUUGCCACUCUGGUUCUUUGUCCCACAGAACUAGUGAAGUGUCGACUGCAGACCAUGCAUGAAUUGCAGCUAUCUGGGAAGAUAACACAAGGACACAAUACAGUUUGGUCUGUAGUGAAAGGUGUUCUUCAAAAGGAUGGUCCCCUUGGGUUUUACCGUGGUCUGUCCAGCACUUUACUUCGGGAACUCCCAGGCUAUUUUGUCUUCUUUGGAGGAUAUGAGCUGAGUCGGACAUUUUUUGCAUCGGGGAGAUCAAAAAAUGAACUAGGUCCUAUUCCUUUAAUGAUAAGCGGUGGCUUCGGAGGCAUCUGCUUAUGGAUUGCUGUGUACCCUAUAGACUGUGUCAAAUCUAGAAUUCAGGUUCUUUCCAUGGCUGGAAAACAGGCGGGUUUCAUGGGAACAUUUUCAAAUGUUCUGAGAAAUGAAGGAGUACUUGCUUUGUAUUCUGGACUAAAGCCUACCAUGCUUCGUGCAUUCCCAGCCAAUGGUGCAUUAUUCCUUGCCUAUGAGUACAGCCGGAAGAUAAUGAUGAAACAGAUUGAUGCCUACUGAAGCCUUCCAGCAGAUCUAGAUCUACCUUUUAAGAAAACUAUAGGUCACCUUGGGGCUUGACUGCACACAACAAAUUGGAUGACCUUAUUUUUUAAGAAAUCUGCUUUUUAUUGAAGAUUUUAAACUU